UGAAGGUGUUUGCAGUAGCUUAGCAAAAGAAGAGUUCAACAUUUUCUUGUGUGUGAGGAUUUGCUUUCCUGUGGUCUGUUGGGUUUGUGACUUUAUAUUGGAAAGAGCCCAAAUUCAAGUGGAUAUAGUUUGGACCAGCCCAUGACCCAUUUCGUUUUGGUGGGGUCUAGAGUCUAGGGUCAAGAAACCUUGUCCCAUAUAAAUAUAUGUAUGCCUCCUUUCUGACAUGGGCGAAGAAAUUAAAGUGUCAGCCGCAGCCCCAAGUACAAGAAGGAACCUGUACGUUGCAUUGGUGUUGGUCCACGCUCAUCAAGUGAUUCUACAUUCACUCUAAACUCUGAAGACCAGAAUUCUCCAUAAUGGUAUACAUUGAGUUGCAAGACCAUAAUUUAAUGGACCUUCUCUGCUUGAAGAACACGUAUCUAAACAAGAAGUAACUAUAAAGCUAAGAAGCAGUAUGAGACCAAGUGGGGGCAACUUGUAUACAAAAUAAAUUUAUGUGACGAUUUACGCAUAAAAGUUUAUCCGAUACAUACAGCCUUGGCUAAGAGAAAACCAACAAGUACAAUGAUCAGCUUUAGCCCGGUGAUCAUCUUUUCAAGCUUUGUUUCUGUGCUCCUUCUCUUAGCUGUCAUCAAAAUCUUUCACAAACUAUGGUGGACUCCAACUCGCAUACAGAAUCUGAUGGCUUUGCAAGGAAUCAGAGGCCCUUCUUACAGACUUGUCCAUGGGAAUUCCAGAGAAAUCAACAGCAUGAGAAAGGAAGCUAUGAGCAGACCCAAGAGUUUAUCACACAACAUAUUUCCUGAAGUUCAUCCUCAUAUUCAUUCAUGGACCAAGACAUAUGGCAAAACAUUUCUUCAGUGGCAUGGUGGUAAAGCACAGUUGGUCAUUAUGGAACCUGAGCUGUGCAAAGAGAUACUGAAUGGGGCUUUUCCAAAACCGGAGACCAAACGUUUUGUAAAGAAGCUGUUAGGAGAUGGCCUCACACGAUCCGAAGGUGAAAAAUGGGCAAAAAUGCGAAAACUGGCUAACCAUGCCUUCCAUGGAGAGAGCUUAAGAACUAUGAUUCCGGCGAUGAUUACUAGCGCUGAGACGAUGCUACAAAGGUGGACAAGUCAUAAUGGCAAAGAGAUUGAGGUGUUUGAAGAGUUUAGACUGUACACUUCAGAAGUGAUUUCGAGGACAGCAUUUGGAAGCAGCUAUAUAGAAGGAAAACAGAUUUUUGAGAUGUUAAUAAAGAUGGGAUUCUUAACAUUCAAAAAUGCUUUCAACCUCAGGUUUCCUGGCCUCAGCAAAAUUUAUAAGACCAGCGACGAGAUUGAAUCAGACAAGCUUGAAAAAGGAAUAAGGGACUUCAUAAUAGAAAUUGUUAAGAAAAGAGAAGAGAAGGCAAUGAGAAGACAAGAAGACUACUUUGGGAGUGAUUUUCUUGGAUUACUGCUAAAGGCUUAUCAUGAUCCCAAUGAGAGGCAGAGGAUUUCGAUAGACGAUUUAGUUGAUGAGUGCAAGGCGUUUUACUUUGCUGGACAAGAAACUAGUACAAGUUUGCUUGCUUGGACUGUCUUUCUUCUGUCUCUCCAUACUGAUUGGCAAGAAGAAGCAAGAAAUGAAGUCCUACAAUUAUUUGGCAAACAAACACCAAAUCCUGAUGGCUUUUCCAAACUGAAAACAAUGAGUAUGAUCAUCAAUGAAUCUCUAAGGUUAUAUCCUCCUGUUCUUGCUGUAGAGAGGAGAGUUGAAAAGGAAGUUAGACUGGGAAACCUCGUCAUUCCUGCCAAUGUUGAAUUGCAUAUUUCAAGUCUAGCACUUCACCAUGAGCCUCAAUUCUGGGGACAAGAUGUGCAACUUUUCAAGCCAGAGCGAUUCUCAGAAGGGGUUGCUAAGGCUACUGGGAAUAACAUAGUCGCAUUCUUACCAUUUGGAAUGGGGCCUCGAACUUGUGUGGGCUUCAACUUUGCCACCGUUGAAGUAAAGAUUGCUCUUUCAAUGAUUCUACAACACUACUCGUUCACCCUUUCACCGGGUUAUGUUCACUCUCCCUUUCAUUUUCUUACACUUCGUCCACAGCAUGGAGUUCAAGUAAUGCUACAGACACUGUGAACUAUGAAUUGCUCACAAAUCUUGCCCUUUGCCUAUUGAGUACCUAGAAUUGCUUACAGAUUUGGCAUAUACAUAUAAUAGUGUUUAAUAUAGGUUCAACUGAUAAAUAAUUUAUACUAUAUCUUUGGUAAAUGAAAUCAAAUAUAUAAGAAAAUCCCUACACCGAACUUAGUUUGUCUUGCAUAGAUGGCAACCUUGAGGAAGUGUUUAACCUACCAACCAAAUUCCACUCUUUUUACACUUUCUUCAUAGCACAGGACAUUUCAAUAGGAUUGAUAUGAUAUUAAAAUCUGUAUUGUACAAAUUAAGUACAAGUCCAAUUUAACCCAAAAAAGAAUUUCAUAAAAGCUAAAGCUGCCUGUUAGUCAUCCUUUCACUUUAAAACUGGCACUUAGAGCUAGGGGAAGACUACUCCAAUCACUAUUGGAGCCUAGAUUUCUAAGGAAAAUCAGGAAAAGCCUUUGAAGUAUAGUAUAUAAUUCCCCUUGAUCGUAUGUCAUGAUAAUCAGAUGGAUAGGCAAAACACAAUCCGGUGAAACUAAAACUAUAUAUUAGACAUGUAGAUGUGUUGCAAGAUAAAUAUGUAAAUAUUGUUUUACUUUGCUGGACAAGAAAACUAGUACUAGUUUGCUGUCUUUCUUCUGGCUGUCCAUGCUGAUUGGCAAGAGGAAGCAACAAAUGAAGUCCUAAAAUUAUUUGGCAAACAAAGACAAAAUCCUUAUGGCUAGACCUGAAUAAACUGUUUCCCUAAGUUACAGAACAGCCUGUUAAGUUUGAAAUACUGGCACAUUUUCUAUCUUUACAUUUCAAUGGAUGCAGAUGAGUAUGAUCAUCAAUGAAUCUCUAAGGUUGUAUCCUCCUGUGUUUUCCAUGACGCGAUAGUUGAAAAGGAAGUUUAGACUGGGAAAAUUAUUGGAUUGACCCCUCAACAAAGAAACUCGAGUGGAAACUGAGUAACAGAUGAGUUGGUCAUUGAUCACAAGUCAUAAUUAUCAAUAAACUUGAGAAGGAAAACUGAACAUUGACUUUGGAUUAGCUAAUGAUUGGAUGUUGCUAUAUAUUCUGCAUCCUAGUGGGCUUGUUUUUUUAACUCGUCACUUUCUUUGUGGCUGCUCCCUGAGUUAUUUAUGUUAAUUUUCUUGUUGAACUAUGUGGUCUUUUUUUAUAUUGGCCUGGUUAUGUUUGUUUGGUACUUCAAUAAACUUGGAUUUCCACAGAGAAAAAAUU